CGUGGAGGCAAGCCCAUGUCUGGGCCACACAUGCAAGGAGGCCACAACCCACUGCAGGGCUAUGAGGACCUCCUGGGCCUGGCAGAGGAUCCCUCACUCGACGCACAGCUGCGGAACCUGGACCUCUCGGCCGAGGCAACGGAGCCGUUCCCGAUGAUUCCGCUUGGCCUGGAUGAGGCGCUGCUGGCAGAGUACGGCGAGUCGGCGGUGCAGCUUGUGCUAGUGGAUGAGCCGCCGGAGACGGUGUACAAGAACACGACGUAUCAUCUGCAGGCGGCGCUGGUAUCAUCGGAUGACAAGCUUGUUCCGUUCCCAUUCUUUCUCCCGGACGAUUCCGGCAGGAUGAUAGAGUACGACUCACUCACCGUCCGUGCACAACUGCUGUACCACGACAACUCGCCAGUCCCGUCCAAGCGAACGGUCUCGGUCGACGAUGCCACCGGCGCGCCGACAACCAAGGAGCUACCACCACUGCGUGCAAGCGAAGGCAUCAUGCGUGACGGGGUGGCCAACGUAGCGCUCGGUGUCAACGCGCUCUCCGGCCGCGGCAAGUCGCUCAUCCUUUACAAGCUCAAGAUUUACGUCGAGGAGGCGCCACAGCUCUGCCUCCACACCGAUACCUUUAUUGUCCGCUCCAAGCCGCCAACCAAGUCAAAAACAAGAUCAGGCAAGACGCCCAAGACCUCGCCCAAGGCUGUGCUGUCUGCCAAGCGCACAAAACCAGCGCGUCGCCGCCGGGGCAGCCGAUGGCCUGGGCCAUGGCCUCCUCGCCGCACACCUCGCAUGGCCCGGUCGACAUGGACCAGGAGCGCGUUGCCGUGCCAGUCCGCGCCUCCCACACCGCGCCAGCGAGCACGACGACCUCACCGGCGCAUCGCUCGUCGACAACCUCGCUCGCUGCCAUGGUCAUGGGCGAUCCCGAAGGUUCGCGGGGUGGGCUCGGCAUGGGCGGGCACGCCGCCUCCGGCUCGGAUCCAGUGCUCUCCACCCUGCAGGGCUUUAUGGACAUGCACCCGCCGUCGUCGGCCGAGCCUGCUGAGCUGCUGAGGCUCAUCCAGUCGUCGGUCGUCGCCCCGCUCCUCUCGGAGAUCUUUGCCCUCCGCGCCUCGCUCUCCGAGCAGCGCGCGCUCACCACCGCGCUCAACACCAAGCUGCAGUACCUCGAGCAUCGACUCUCUCACACACAGCGUUGACAAAUCGCCGUGGGGGCAUAUGCUGGACGCUGAAGUGGUUUUACGAGAAGCACGGCCGGAGGCUACGGUUGCGGUGGAUCGAGAGCCCGGCGGCUACCACUGUGACCAGGAGCCCGACCGCGAUCUCGGACAUGAACGAGGCGACGUAGAGAACAUGCUUCAUCGUCGUCGCCGACUGUUUCUCGGCAAGCGGCGGCAGACGCGCCGCGGUCGCCAUGCCUACAUUCCCUGCGCGGCCCUCGUGGUACUCUGCCUGUGACGAGUAGCUCGAGCCCGAACUCGACGAGCCUGAGCCCAAGCUCGUCUCGGAUCCGGAACAGGACCGCGAAACUGAGCUGGUGGUCGAGUCAGAGUCGGGCGCAGCGCCAGCUGGCGCAGCCUCGGCAUCGGACGGCGCGUCUGGGUGCGGCGGCGCGCAAAAGUUGAGGUACGACUGAAGGAUAAGAAAGACGCCGGCGGCGACAAAGGUCAGUAUGCCGAGGACGAGCCAGACGGCAGGCACAUCGUCGGCGUCGGCCAUGUACGCCAUGGAAAGACCGGAAUGCCAAGGAAGAACAACAUGGCGGCGACGGAAUGGAUGAGCGUGGAGACGCCGAUGGGGAUGGUGAGGCAGCCAGGGCCAAAGCCCACGUAGUACGUAGUCACCGUUCCCGCGCCGUCGGUGUAGAAGAUGCCCACCAGCGGGAGGCACCAGAUAAUCAGCAGCUGGGCCCACCACGAAAAGUCCGACAAGUCCGACCCGUUCCACCGCUCAAGCAUCAGCAGCAGGCUCAGGCCCGACGAGACAGCAAAAGUGAGCGCAAAGAGCAGUCGGUUGCCAAAGCUCCGAGGAUCAGCCGCAUAGCUGGAGAUGGUAGUGAACGUCGUCCGAAUCCGUCCGUAAUUGUACACAAUGUGCACGCCAAAGACGGCCACAAUCGCCACCAACGCAGCGCCCUCUAGGCCCAGUGCCACCACUGCGUACUCGUGCUGGCAAGUACUCAUCUUGCGUGGAUGUGGGAGCAGUGGAGUGGCG